UCUGCUGAAAAAGUAUGGCUUUGAUGAGAUCGAAUAAACAAGUUCGAUUAAACAAAGAACAUAGUUCUCCAUCUUCCUUUCUGUUAAGCUUUUAAAUUUGUGUUGUACAAGAACUUGUUUUGUUUCUAUGUAAGCAAAAAGGUUUAGUUGUUAUCAGUUUGUUCUUAACUCUGUUCUUAAAAAAAAAGGCAAGUUGGUUAGGACUUAGGAUUAAUAAUAAGGAACGUGGAACCCGUGAAAUUAAAAUAUUCAGAUAAAGAGAGUAACCAUAAAUUGUAAUAACAUGGUUCUGAAUCUCAUCGUUGUUUGUCUACGAUGGAACCCACCACGAAUCACACUCCAUCUCCAAGCUUCGCCGGCGACGGUGUAUGUACCAAUGAAUUGACCAACCUGUCCCUAGUCUCACCACUCGAAAAGGACGAUGGCGUUGACUUAAGCCAGGAACAAGGAUCGGAGUCAAAUGAAGCUACUGACACUGAGAAUGGUUCAAGUCCUGUAGACAAGAACCAAUACGCUGAAACUGAAGAUGUAGUUAGAGCAAAAGAUUUACAGACAGAACCUGUAUCACUGGAUGAUGAUGUGGAGACUGUGAUCAAGAACCAACAUAAGUAUUACUUUUACUGCCCUUGCUGCGGUGAAGAUAUCACCAAAACAGUCAAGCUCGUGAAGAUAUCAGAUCCCCAACCCACGAAAGACCAUGAGACUGAGAAUAAAGCUAUUGACAGUGACACUGAGAAUGAUUCAAGAUCCCAAGACAAGAAGACAAAGAUUCCAUCAUGGUUCCCAGUUUUUCUUCGGCAGCUGUUUCCUUCUGUCUAUGGUCCCAACAAAGAUAAAGACGAGAAAGGGGUCGAUUCAAAAUCACCAGGAACUUUCGACGAUCUUGAUAUCAGUGGCGAGGAACCGUGCAUUGAUGUCAGUAACGAGAAAGACGGACCGAGCUUUCCGAAGUGGUAUGUCGAUGCUUUUGCUUGGUCGUUCCUCUGUAUUAUUAUAGCUCUCUCUGUCCUUUCGACUUCUCCACCGCCUUUCAUUCAGCCACAUCUGCAAUUGCCUUCUAUACCAUCAUUGUGGCUGCCUACAGAAGUGCCUUCAGCUUCUAUACUUAUGUUAAUCCCCACGUUUGCUGUGUUGCUUCUCCUCAUUAUUUUAGUGAGGUCCCGUUUCAGUCCGAGAUAUCAUAAGGAGAAAGGCGAUAAAAGGACUGAUUCCAAGUCUACUGAUAUCACUACCGAAGAACCAGCAAAAACCCAAUAUCACGAUGACCAAGCUGAAAAUCCUGAGCAAGAUUUUGACAAGCAAACAGACAACCAAAAAAAUCACCUAACUCCAAUAUAUCCUUCACCACUGGAGCAACCUUCCAAGCAAAUUUUGAAUAAGGAAACUCAAGCAGAACCUGGGUUGCAACCAAAGAUUCAAGACGGUACUAAACUUGAAAUCCUGAAAAGUAUUGUGUAUGGAGGUCUUACAGAAUCCAUCACAAGUCUUUGUACCGUAACAUCUGCAGCCGCAUCAGGUGCUUCAACUCUGAACGUUUUGGCCUUGGGAGUGGCCAAUUUGUCAAGCGGUCUUCUUCUCACCGUUCACAGCGUAAGUGAUCAUUCUGAAUACAACGAAAACAUUCGUAUUGAACUGAACAAAGACUCUAUCUUUUUGCAGCUUCAAGACUUAAUAAACGAAAAACCGAGAAAACGAACCAACACUGACCAUGCGGAAACAGAUCAAGGAGAAGGAGAAGAUCGGUACGAGGAAGUACUCGGAAGAAGAGAGUAUUCGAGACUUCACAGAGUGAUCGCAAUCUCUUCUUUCAUCAUCUUCGGCUUGAUCCCACCUAUAGUAUACGGCUUCUCGUUCCGAAGAAAAAUGGAAAAGAGACAAGAGUACAAGGUUUUAGCAGUAUACGCAGUGUCUCUGCUCUGCGUCGUCCUGCUCUCAAUUGCGAAAGCUUACGCAUCGAAGAGACGGGAUUAUCUAAAGACUCUGGUUCGGUACACGACGAUGGCGACGACGGCGUCGGGAGUCUCUCAGUUUGUGGGAUACUUGGUUAGUCAUUGGCUUGAGAAAAGCGGGUUUUAUGAUGAUUCUCCAGUAGAUACUACUACUCAACGAGUUUGAAGACUUGUGUUCUCUUCUUCUUCGUCUUCACUUCAUAGUGUCCUUUCCGUACCUUCCUCGUUACCAAAUUUGUUUUCCUUAAAAUUUAAAGAAAUUAUUUUAUUUUGACA